AUGUCGGCGGUCUUCGUGAGCGGCUUCGACUACAACACCCCCAUCAGCACGGUGCUUCUCCACUUCAGCACCAUUGGGAUGGUCAAAGGCGCUCGAUUCGUCGGCCAAGGAGAAGCCGUCGUGACCUACGAAUCGUCAGAGGCCGCGGGCCGUGCAGUGAUUGAGCUCGACCGCAGCACGAUGCAGGGCAACCGACGGUAUGUCACCGUGAGGAUCGACCAAGGGGGCAAGGGCAAAGGCAAGGAUGGAAAACAUGGCAGCGUCAUAGCCGGGUACGGCAAGGGCUACGACAGAGGCCAUGGCAAGAGCUUGGGAAAGGACAAGGGCGGAGGCACUUCCUCAGCACCAUUGGGCCGAUUCGUCGGCCAAGGAGAAGCCGUCGUGACCUACGAAUCGUCAGAGGCCGCUGGCCGUGCAGUGAUUGAGCUCGACCGCAGCACCAUGGAGGGCAACCGACGGCACUUCAAGGGCUACGACAAGGGCUAUGGUAAGAGCUUCUAUGGCAAGGGAAAGGGCAAGGGCGGAGGAGGACGAGACCACUUCUAUGGGGAGAUGGAAGAUGCUCUCGUUGCGACAUCCGACUUCCGGGACCUCGGGAAUCUGGGGGAGUACGCUGGCUUUGCUUCUACCACGGCAGAUGAUCGCUGUGCCACCAUGAAUACCGAAGGUCCGGGGCCGCUUCCGAACUUGCUCCCGCGUCGCACCGUUCAGGAAGGCGGAGCUUCGUCUUCUGGCAGCAGCGGUUCAGGGCAGUUCAGGCCCAAACUCCACACGAAGGACGAAGCGCUCAAGCUCGGGCGCAAGGACCCUAUUGCCGCCUUGAAAAUCGUGCAGGAUGCGCUGGCCAGCAGACGUGCUGGGGGCAGUCAUUCCAGGGACUCCAGAAGCUGA